ACGCCGCAACAUCACACCUGCACAAGCAUCUGUACUGACAAUUGAUGGCAUCUAGUAUACCUCGUCGUCUCCUGUGGAAUCCUAACCCUACAAAAUGUGAGUACAUCUGAAGGCGAGAUGAUACAUAUGGAGAGCAGUUAAUCAGUUUGCAUUGCAAGAAGGUCAAGGUAGAGGUUGAAGUGUUUAAUAACUGAACAAUUUGGUCCUGGCUAUAUGCUGAUAUGCGCAUUCACGGGCUAAAACUCCGUGCAUGCAUAUUGUUUGCACUGUUCCUUCUCGGCCCACGCAUGCAACGACCACCGCCGUCGGCCACUAUAUAAUUCAGGGGCGCAGUGCUAGCUUAGCAGCUUAAUCCGAGGCAGUACCAGCUACUCCCAAGUCGAAGAAGUAGACACCAGAGGUAGCCAUGGCCGCCUUGUUGAUGCGAGUGGUGGCGGCCGCGGUCGCCGUGGCGUCCGUGCUCGCCCUCGGCGCCGUGGCGCAGCUCUCGCCGACGUUCUACGACGGCAGCUGCCCGAGCCUGCAGUCCAUCGUGCGGUCCGGGAUGACCUCCGCCGUGCAGAGCGAGCCGCGGAUGGGCGCCUCCAUCCUCCGCCUCUUCUUCCACGACUGCUUCGUCAAUGGAUGCGACGCGUCGGUGCUCCUUGACGACUCGUCGACGCUGACGGGGGAGAAGAACGCGGCGCCCAACGCUAACUCGCUGCGCGGCUUCGAGGUCAUCGACGCCAUCAAGUCGCGGGUCGAGGCCGCCUGCCCCGGCACCGUCUCCUGCGCCGACAUCCUCGCCCUCGCCGCGCGCGACGGCGUCAACCUGCUGAGCGGGCCGACGUGGGCGGUGCCGCUGGGCCGGCGCGACACGCGCACGGCGAGCCAGGCCGCGGCGAACAGCAACCUCCCAUCCCCGUCGUCGAGCGCGGCCACGCUGGUGUCCGCGUUCGCGUCCAAGGGCCUGGACUCACGCGACCUGGUGGCGCUCUCCGGCGCGCACACCAUCGGGUCCGCCCGGUGCGCGAGCUUCCGGUCCCGCGUGUACAACGACAGCAACAUCAACGCCGGGUUCGCGACGAAGCGGCGGCAGAUCUGCCAGCCGCAGAGCGGCGGCAGCGACGGGAACCUGGUCCCGCUGGACGCAAUGAGCUCCGUGAAGUUCGACAACGGCUACUUCCGCAACCUGGUGGGGCAGUUCGGCCUGCUGCACUCCGACCAGGAGCUCUUCGGCGGCGGCGCCGUGGACUCCAUCACGGCGCAGUACGCGCGCAACGGCGGGGCCUUCGCGCGGGACUUCGUGACGGCCAUGAUCAAGAUGGGCAACAUCAGCCCGCUCACGGGGUCCAACGGCGAGAUCCGCUCCAACUGCAGGAAGCCCAACUAGAUCACGACCAGGUCGGUCCCCGAGAUUCGUGCUGAGAAGGGAAGAAAAGACGGAUGGCCCGGAUCGGCCGACAUGGCCAGCUAAGAGCAGGGCGGCGAGGCGUGUGGCUUUUUUGCGUGGAAAGUGUGAGAGUGCGUUGGAAGGGAGCGGCGAGCUGGCGAGACGAUGAUGGAUUGGUUAGGUGGAGCGGCGCUGUCCGGAGGAGGAGAGGAGGUGGGGGCCCAGCGUGCCGUGACACAUCGGUCACAGAACAGCGUCACACUGCAUCGCCGUUGCUGCUUUUGGUUGCAUUCUUUCUUUGUAUCAUACGACGACGACGAUUUUAGGCUGUAAUUUGUACGUUCGUGGCACGAUUGGUGAUUAUUUGUGGAGGAGGAUAUGAAUAAUAACAGAUGCGCGCACUGUGUGUUCA